AUGUUGUUGUUGGCGUUGCUGCCACUUGUUUUCCGCGAAUCGCUGUCUAUGAGCACCUCCAUCAUCGCGCCGCUGUUCCGACGCGAGCUGCGGCUGGCGCUGCCCCUGAGCGGGCGCUGGCUCCAGGAUCCCGGCCUCAGCUUCUUAUCCCGAGCUCCGCUGGCCACGAGAGCCACCCGACCCGCUGCCAAGUCCACCGCAAACAGUGGGAGCACCCUGGAUCUCUGCCAAUACGACAGAAAUGACUGCCGAGUCACCAUCACCGCAGGCGUCGGCGGAACGGAAGCCUUCGACUUCUGUAAGAUUCUCGGGCGCAUGUACAAGCGGUUCAUACACCACUACUCUCCGCCCGAUAGCUGGGACCGCGACCGUUACGGCGAUCUGCCGAAGUCGCUGAGGUACGUCGAGUGCGACGCGGUCCCCGGGGACAAGGUUGGGUAUCGCAUGCUAGAGUUCGAGGUGCAGGGAGAAUACGCCUACAAGCUCUUCAAGGGGGAAAAGGGCACCCACCGCCUCGUACGCAACUCACCGUACAACGCGAUGCGUAAGCGGCAGACCACGUUCAGCAGCGUGCAAGUCGUCCCCAUGCUGUCGGAGUCCGACCAGGACGUGCAGCGCUACCACAGCUCACGCCAGGUCACAGAUCGCGACGUUACCGUCGAAACGAUGCGGAGCGGUGGUAAAGGCGGCCAGAAUGUGAACAAGGUCGAGACGGCUGUGCGUGUAACCCACAAGAAGACGGGGCUCUCCGUGCGGGUGCAGACGGAGCGGUCGCAGGCGCAGAACCGCGAGAUAGCGAUGAAGCGGCUGGGCGAGAUGGUGGACGCACAUUAUAAGGACCAGCUCCGCGAGAAGUGCGAGGAGCUGCGAGGCGAAGAGGUGGAUGCGGACUGGGGGAAGCACAUGCGCAGCUACAUCCUGAACCCGGAACAGCGUUUCAAGGACCAUCGCACCGACUGGGAGACGGCGGAGUGCUCGACGGAGAGUUGA